AUGGCGGGAAACGAUUGGAUCAACAGUUACCUGGAAGCGAUCCUGGAUGUGGGUCCAGGGCUUGAAGACAAGAAUUCGUCGUUGAUGUUGAGGGAAAGAGGGAAAUUUAGCCCCACUCGCUACUUCGUCGAAGAAGUUAUCACGAAAUUUGAUGAGACCGAUCUUCGUCGCUCAUGGGCCAUGGCCUCGUCUAUUCGGGAUUCACAAGAACGAAACACAAGAUUAGAGAAUAUGUGUUGGAGGAUUUGGAAUUUAGCUCGCAAAAAGAAACAGCUAGAAGGCAAAGAAUCUCAACAUAGACAGAAACUAGAAAGCGGACAAGGGAUGAUUUCUAAAGCGUUGAUUGUUGAUAUGUCAGAAGAGUUAUCCGAAGGAGAGAAAGUGGAAACGGUUAAAGAUCUUUCGCCAAUGGGCGUUAGCCCUAAAGGCGGAUUGAAACGGGUUAAUUCGGUUGACGUGUUCAACAACUUUGCUACUCAACAAAAGGAAAAGAAACUCUACAUCGUAUUAAUCAGUCUUCAUGGUCUGAUUCGUGGCGAAAACAUGGAGCUAGGCCGCGAUUCUGAUACGGGUGGACAGGUGAAGUAUGUAGUAGAACUAGCAAGGGCAUUAGGCGCAAUGCCCGGGGUUUAUCGAGUAGAUUUGCUAACUCGACAAGUAUCGGCACCCGGUGUCGAUUGGUCUUAUGGAGAACCAACCGAAAUGCUAAAUCCACUUAACAUAGAUGAAGGCGAAAGUGGCGAGAGCAGUGGUGCAUACAUAAUCCGUAUACCAUUCGGUCCAAAAGAUAAAUAUAUCCCGAAAGAACUCCUUUGGCCACACAUUUCUGAGUUCGUUGAUGGUGCGUUGAGUUACAUUUUACAGAUGUCGAAAGUUCUCGCUGACCAAAUUGGUGAUGGAAAACCCGUUUGGCCCGCUUCGAUUCACGGACAUUACGCAGAUGCAGGCAAUGCUGCUGCUCUUUUAUCGGGUGCUUUGAAUGUCCCGAUGCUAUUUACGGGCCAUUCACUUGGACGAGAUAAACUCGAACAAAUCUUGAAACAAGGACGGCAAUCGAAGGAUGAUAUCAAUACGACUUAUAGAAUUAUGCGGCGGAUAGAGGCUGAGGAGAUAACGAUCGAUGCAUCAGAAGUGAUUAUUACUAGCACCCGGCAAGAGAUAGAUGAGCAAUGGGGUUUGUACGAUGGGUUUGAUCCUGUUCUAGAGCGAAAACUACGAGCUAGAAACAGACGGAAUGUGGGAUGUUUUGGCCGGUUCAUGCCCCGUCCGGUCGUAAUACCUCCAGGAAUGGAGUUUAAGCAUAUCGUUCCACAUAAAGACGAAGAUCCAGACGGAAAUCAAGAUGGUUCAACGACUCCAGACCCACCCGUUUGGUCCGAGAUUAUGCGAUUCUUUACGAAUCCACACAAGCCUAUAAUCCUGGCCCUUGCAAGACCCGAUCCGAAAAAGAACUUGACCACUUUGGUGAAAGCUUUUGGAGAGUGUCGUCCUUUGAGGGAGCUUGCAAACCUCACAUUGAUAAUGGGAAAUCGUGACGCUAUUGACGAAAUGUCUACCACAAAUUCAGCAGUUUUAGUUUCGAUUCUGAAGUUGAUCGAUAAAUAUGAUAUGUACGGUCAAGUUUCGUAUCCGAAACACCAUAAGCAAUCAGAAGUUCCUGAUAUAUAUCGCCUAGCAGCAAGGACAAAGGGUGUGUUCAUCAAUCCAGCAUUCAUUGAGCCUUUUGGUCUCACUCUAAUAGAGGCAGCAGCAUAUGGCUUGCCGAUGGUGGCGACUAAAAACGGAGGUCCUGUUGAUAUCCAAAAGGCUCUUGAUAACGGGUUGCUAAUUGAUCCACACAAUCAACAAUCGAUCACAGAUGCACUUUUGAAGCUCGUAGCAGAUAAGCAACUUUGGGCGAGAUGUAAACAAAACGGUUUGAAAAACAUUCAUCUUUUCUCGUGGCCGGAGCAUUGCAAGACUUAUCUAGCUCGAAUAGCAUGUUGCAAACCACGCCAUCCACAAUGGGAAAGUAGUGCCGUUGGAUACGAGUAUUCAGAAGCACAAUCACCCGAAGAUUCUCUAAGAGAUCUAAACGACUUAAAGAUUUCAUUAGAUGGCGUGAUACAUGAUCAAGGAACUACCAGCGACAACUCUCAGAAUCCCGACAAGAAUUCCCAUUCAAUCAAGACCAAAUCUAGCGUCGGGAAAAAGCUAGAUCUUCUAGCAAAAUUAUCGCUAAAACUGGAGAAACUCGGAGGAAGCAAGAAGGAAACUUUAGCAAAGAUUGGAUCUCAAGAUAAACUCGAGUUCCCGGGAUUACGCAGGAAGAAAUCUAUCUUCGUUGUCGCUGUAGAUUGUGGCAUGACUAAAGAUUUUGUCGAACUUUUGAAUAUCGUCAUAGAAAUUGUGAGAGUAGAGAAGAAAGGAGAAUCUGUAGGACUAAUACUAUCAACGGCUGCAACGAUAUCUGAGUUACGUUCUUUUCUGAAAUCUAGUAAAAUCGGUCUUUCGGAAUUUGAUGCUUUGAUUUGCAAUAGCGGUAGCGAGAUCUUUUAUCCGCCUUCUAGUUCCGAAGGAAGUCAGAAGAGUCUUCAGUUAGUCAUGGAUUCUGAUUAUUCUUCGCAUAUCGAUUAUCGUUGGGGAGGAGAACACCUGAAGAAUACUUUAGUUCAUUGGGCUUCUUCUAUUAGAGAAAGAAAGAAAGAUCAAGAAUUCGUUGUCGCAGACGACUCAGACUCGAGACAUUGUUUUACAUUCAGAAUAAAGGACUCGGAAUCUAUACCACCCGUAAAGGACCUUCGGGAGUUUUUGAGAAAACAAGCUCUUCGUUGUCAAGCUAUAUAUUGCCACAACGGUACGAAACUGAAUGUGAUACCUAUGGUUGCUUCUCGAGCCCAAGCCCUCAGGUACUUGCACGUUAGAUGGGGCAUAAACUUGUCAAGUACUGUCGUUAUCGUGGGAGAUUACGGGGACACCGAUUACGAAUGUUUACGCGGUGGAAUACAUAAAACAUUGGUGAUAAAAGAUGUUUGCAACGAAUCUAAAAAACUCCAUAACAACCGAAGCUAUCCUCUCGAACAUGUUAUUACUUUCGAUAGUCCUAAUGUCGUUCUAGCCGACGGAUGCAAGAAAAAUCAACUAAGCGAUGCGAUGGAGAAACUAGGAACUCUAAAGGUCUAA